GCUCCUACCCGUAUUUCGCUUCGACACCUUGCAUCCCACACCCCUGCGUCGCACCAUCACCCUGUGCCACACCCCAUCGUAUUGUGUCCCCUUGCACCCCCCCGCCCAACCGUGUAACACUCCCUGCAAUUUACUGUGCCACUCCAUACAAAGCCGAGCCGCUGUACACUAAACCGCAGUGCACCGCGUUACCUGCUCUUAACCGCGGCACGUCACAGCACACUACGUUACCGACGCUUCCUUGCAUCGCACAGCAACCCCGCGUGCCACAACACUCCACCAACUAUUCGGUAUUGCGCAACACUGCGUUAUCUUCACUGUGUCCCGUUAAACCUCCCCACACUAACCUGAACCUUUCUUCACUGUGCCAACAGCACUACAUCAUACCACCACGUUACAACACAUCACAGUUCUCUACACCGCACCAAACAACGCUACCCUGCAACGCACGACACCUCCACCUUCCAUCUGUGCAAACUACACCGUGCUGCACUGCAGGUUACACAGCUGUAACACACAGUAGCGAACUUCGCUGCACAUCACCACGCAUCACUGCACCAGUAACACGCAGUGUUACACCUCCACGCACUUGCACUGUCUGUUUUUCGCAUUACAUUUUACGUCACACUGCACUAGAUCUCAGCGAAGGACCCAGCGGCACUUUGCGUCAUCGCACAAUCUACACACCACCCAGCUCUAACCAUGGCUACGGGGAAUGAAGACCAAAACCUGUUUAAAGGUAUGAAUGAGCUUAAAACAUCCCUCGGUAGUUUCAUCACUACGGAAAGCAUAAAUUCCGAUCACAUUGGCUACCAAAAAUCUGUAUCUGAAAUUCAAACAGCACCAAAGGAACCACCAGCAGAAGCUGCAUCUGUCGCUGUCCAGAAUAAUAACGUAAGUGUUAGUAACACUGCAACAAGUAACAAUGAACACGCCGAAGAAGUGAAUGUUACCUACCCUCACAUCAGUUUGCAGCCAGCAAAGAAGAAGCUGUCGUCGCUCGAGUCGCAACGAGUGAUGAACGUAUAUGUGGACAUGGUCGAAAGAGCCGUGUUGGUAGGUAUGUUUCCAUUUGUCUUGGAUAAUUUACACCUCUUCAAUGACGCCUUUGACGACCAUUUGAAAGACUGUUUUAAGAAUCACGCCGGCCUCCAAGUAUCCUACACGGAAACACGGCGUGAUUUCCUCACGUUUUGCCGCCGGAUGCGUCGGUCAGCCUACCAACAGCCUAAGGUUAUAGAUUUGACUGCUGAGGCAGAAAUGACGAGAAAACUUUCUAGUGAUUUUGACGGUGAAGCUGAAGAGGAAGACAGUUCCAUCAUUACAACUAGUGAAGAUGAAAUUGAUGUCCACUAUAGACAUUCCACAAGUGACGAUGUAGACGACACUGACAUGUAUAUCUGUCAUGAUGAUGAAUACGAAGCCAGCCUUGGGAAAGCCACGAAAAAGAUCAGCUACGACAGUUAUAAUUACUCGCUCUUUGGGGAAGAAGAGCGUGGCGAUUACCCGCUGCAGUCCAUAUCACCGAGCGAGACUUGCUUGAGCUUGAAUUCCUCGAUAGAAACGAGAGAGAGCAGUGACGAAAGCAUGAGGGCGCAUGAACUCGGCCGGCAGCUGUCGUACAUCGCUGACCGGCUGAGCAACUCGUGCAAGAACAUACUGCGGGCUAUCAACGCAAACACGACGGCCGCGAAGGAGAUAGUGAAAUAUAAAGACAAUAUGUCACCGGAGCUACAGGAGUUUGUAAACAAACUGAAUGAGUUGAAGAGCAUUUUAAGAAUCCGCUUGCUGACCACCCCUCUCGAAGAGAAGGAGCAAGACGAAUACCUGAAAGAGACGGCAGAGAAAGCUGUUCAAAAUAAGAAACUUAUUGAAAAGCUAGAAAAAGAACUGGCAGAGGUAACAGCGGCCAAGGAUGAACAGGUAUUACAUAUUGCGAAAGUUCAAGGCAGAAACAGAAGUUGA